AUGGUUUUCGAGACCGCUGAAGACUCAAAAAAGCUAGUGAAGGAAUUGGAGGCGGCAACACUGCUGCCAAAGAGAGGAAGAUCUUAUAAGCACAAAUGCCAGAUCAAAAACACCAAUAAAGAGGUUUUUAGCUGGAAAUUUAACGAGUGGGACUACGGCAAAAACAAUAUAAAGCUUCCGCUCAAUGCGCGCGGCCUGUUUACUCUCGACGAUCCCGAAAACCCUCGCAUCGUGGCGCGCGGCUAUGAUAAAUUCUUUAACAUAAAUGAAGUUAGCACCACCAAGUGGGAUUGGCUCGCAGCUAACACUUUAGGACCAUACGAAGUCACAGUCAAAGAAAACGGCUGUAUCAUUUUCGUUUCGGGACUUGAAGAUGGUUCUUUAGUAGUGUGCUCCAAACACUCCACAGGCGAGAGGGAUGAUACUGAUAGAAACCAUUCCAUGGCAGGAGAAAACUUUUUAAAGAGGCAGCUGGAAUCAUAUGGUCUCGAGCCUCGAGAACUCGGACUCGCACUUUUUAACAUGAAUGCAACCGCUGUUGCCGAGUACUGUGAUGACAGCUUCGAGGAGCACAUUCUUGAAUAUACAAAAGAUGCAGCAGGCCUUUAUUUACAUGGAAUUAACAUUAACAAGCGCGUGUUUCAGACUCUACCCAUGAAUGAAGUUCAUGAUUUUGCUUUGGCUUACGGUUUCAAAACGAUUGAGUACUUUACAAAGCAUGACAUUACCACUCUUCGGCAAUUCUUGGAAGAAUGUGCUAGCGUUGGGUCCUACAGAAACAAGGAAAUAGAGGGCUUCGUUGUUAGGUGCAAACUGCGAGACGGAUCUGCAUUCUUUUUCAAAUUCAAGUUCGAGGAACCUUACCUAAUGUACAGACAAUGGAGAGAAGCUACCAAAAAGUACAUCACGACGAAAUCUCGCGUUUUCAGUUUCAAGAAACAUCGAUUUAUCACCAACAAAUAUCUGGACUUCGUCAUUCCAAUUCUUGAUGCGGAUCCGAAAAUUUGUGAAGAAUAUAUGAGGGAUUCAGGUAUAAUAAAACUUCGAAAGGUGUUUCUAGAAGACUAUGGAUUGACUGGAAUGGAAAUUUUGAAUAGUGAGGUCAUUCAACAACUGGAGCUCCAGAACGCUAUCGAUUACAAUAAAGUUGAUGAAAAUACAAAAUUUCUACUGUUUCCGGUAGCAACAAUAGGUUGUGGCAAGACCACCACUGCUCUGACGAUCAGAAACUUGUUUCCAGAAACCUGGAGUCAUGUCCAAAACGACGAUAUUACUGGGAAAGAUAAAUCUUUGUUGAUGAAAAGGUCUCUAGAGCUUCUUGCAAAAGAUAAUAUAAAGGCUGUAGUCACAGAUCGCAACAAUCAUCAAUUUAGAGAAAGGAAGCAGUUAUUUGAGUGGUUUGAAGAACUGAAAGAGAAGUAUCUUCCAUAUGACUGCAAUGUCAAAAUAGUUGCACUUUCUUUCUUGCCAUAUGAGGACAUCGACGCCACCUCCCGCCUCACCAUUAAAAGGGUUAUGGCGCGAGGCGACAGGCAUCAAAGCAUUAAAGUUGAUUCUGAUGGAGAGAAAAAGGUACUUGGUAUAAUGAGAGGGUUUUUGAAAAGAUACCAGCCUGUCGCGCCCGAUCGGGACCCUGAUAAUAUGUUUGAUUUGGUGAUUAAUCUACAAGUUCGUGACACUGAUUCCUCAUUGAUAAAUGCAAAAGAGAUCCUGAGAGAAUUGAAUCACCACUAUCCAGUCUUAGUUCCCUCCAUUCCGCCUGCUGAAGACAUAAAAGCAGCCUUUGAUAAAAGUCUUCUGUACACGCCAACAACAACCAAAAAAAUCGGCAAGAGCAGCAGCUCUGAGGGCAAAGCCUUCAAGUUGAAACCCAGUUACUUUUCGGCAAACAUUGAGGGUCCUCAGUCGUUUAUAAAGGCUAUUUGUGACCUCGUUUCGCGAGUAGAGACAUCGACCGAUGUUUCAUCCGUUAUCAAAGCCUUUGAAGAGAACAAGGCUCAACCAGAGUUUCACAUCACAUUGUGCCACGUCGCAACGGGCAAAAGGGGUACUCAGAAACAAAAAGAUAUAUGGUGUGAGUUCAAUAAGCGAUACAAUCACUUACUAGUCAAAGGUGAGGGAAACCAAACUUUUCAGAAUACUCUCAUAAAGACUAACGACAAAGUUGAAUUCAAAGUCAAGAGUGUUGUAUGGGACAGCAGCAUAGUGACGCUGGUGGCGGAAUUACCCGAGAAUUGCGUGCUAGAUAGGACUACCGGAAAAGCGGCUCCCCGUCUCUCUUGCGCUAAUGAGGUUGCGCACAUAACUAUUGCACUACUCCAACCUGGCGUAAAACCUUUUUACUCAAAUACGCUAUGCCAGAAGAUGCAGCAAGAGCACGGUUUUGAGGAGGGAAAUUUCGAUGACGGCACAAAUUGUGUCGUCAUCCAUGAAAGCCCGGUCUUUGAAGCAACAGUUAGUAUUAACCCAUAG